AUGUCUUUCUCCCGGCAGCAGCUCGAGACCGACGGCCGCUACUUCGCGGAGAGCUUGAGCGCUGCGUACUCGCAGUCUGGACGGGUCUAUUCCUGGCCCCUAAACCCUGCUCUGGGUUGGCGCAUUGGGAACAAGCGGGUUAGCCCGCAGGCCCUGUUCAGAGAGGUCGGGCGCCGCGGGGGAUAUCACCAGGCCUCCGUGGACAAGAGGCACUGGUGGGCAAUCGCCCAGGCAGUGGGCAUUGUAGCCGGAGCGGCAGGGGCCCUGUCGUUCCACGUAAAGCGCCUCUACGAAGAGCGGCUCCUGGACCUGGAGGCCCGCACUGUUGGCUUCGUUGGGCCACAAGCAGUUGCUGCUGCUGCAGCUCCUCCUCCUCCUCCUCCUCCUCCUCCAUCUCUUCGCCCUCCACCGCUUCCACACCCUCCUCAAGCCGCUUCCUUCAAUCCUCCUUCGUUUCCUCCAUCGUCCUCAACGAUGGCAACUCCUGCGGCUGAACCCGCUCCUUCAGAAGCGCGCGGAGAUUCCCGCCCUCCAACCCCAGACCCCGGCCCGCCAACCAUUGUUCUUGAUCGUACCGGGGGGGAUAUCUAUCACCGGUCCUAUAUGGGCCUUAAAUCAAGAAUCCCAGAAGAGGUCGAGCAAGGGCUGUACCAUCUGGUACGCCUCUCAGAUAUACACCACGAAGUGUUGCUCUUCGACGAGUACUCGGGACUUGCAGAGGCAUUGCUCCAGCAGAUUUUAACCAUCGGGGAGCUUGUUCACGGUAUCUCCUGGGAACCAAACUACGAUUACGCGUAUUUCAACGAUGAGUACAAAGCAAACGCGCGUUUUGACGAUCUCUGCGCCGAAGGAACGUUCGAUUUGCUCGAUCGCCUCCGCCGACUUGAAGUCAUCUUCCCUCAAGCAGAUGUCCUGGAUGACGAGACUAAUACCAAGCUUCGAUUGGUCAACGAGGCCGCAUUGGUCCUCCGAAAUAUGUGUCAGGUCGACCUCAAUGCUCAUUUUUUGAAAGAGCUUCCUCUAGCGAGAGACACCGCGACCAUCGUGCUCAAGCUUCCCCCUAUGCCUGUGUUUAACGAAAUGAAAAACCACAUGCUUGAGGUGGUGUCUGAGGCUUGUCUCUGGUGGCCCUUGUGGGACAACGACCAUCUUUUCUGUACUCUGAUGCUAUAUUUGGACUCCAAAGACCGCUUCCACCUGCUCAGUGCUCUAAAGGCACUGGUAAUGUUCUCUUACGAGCUCGAAGGCAUCAAGAAAUUCGGCCUGGCAAAGAGUGUGUUUACCACGUUGAUAGACUACCUUUACCUUGAGCAAGAUCCGGAGUUGAUGUCGGCGGUACUCGAUUUUAUCUAUCAAUACGUUUGCGAGCCGGAUAAUGUUGCGUUCAUCCUCGAAAACUUUGAUCUUCCCACAACGCUGAUUCCACGUCUUGUCGCCCUGUUGCUGUAUGAUGCCGAACGUCAACACGAAAUCAGGGUUUACGCCGACGAGCAGAAACGCCCCACCCCGACCCGAAUCACAAUCCCUCCCGAGAGAUGCGUCAACAGUUUGCUAGGAUUCCAAGAACCUGAACGCACUGCACGCUGGGCCCAAUGCAUUUUUCAGGAGGAUUCCGAGGGUGAAAUUGCUCAAAGGGCUGUGUGGGUUGCCUACCAGCAGACUUUUGCCGAUUUCCUGAAGCCCGAACAUUCACCUCUUCUUCCUGCUCCAGACUUCAUCAACACCGUCACCCAUGCCUUUAGCAUUGCUCGGGCUCGCGUGAUUAAUGAAGGAGAACAAGGUCAAAAGUUUGUUAUCCAAGGAAUUCGUCCUAGAGACGUUUGUCGAGAUAUGAAUGGCUUCCCUUACUAUUACUGCAAGUGGAGAGUGCCAAAAAAUCCCAAACCGGCAGCAAGCGAUGAACUCCCUGCGCUCCCUCCCAAUGCAGACGCGGGUAAAGCACAAGGCGCCUCGGUGGCCGAUGGUCAGGGUACUGCGUCAAGCAGCCAGUCCUCGGCACCAACUCCUCCCACCAAUUAUCGGCCGUCAACUGCUGAGGAUGAGAAAAAUGAACAGCCAGCUCCAGGUAGGGCUUGGGAGAAAGCCACGGUGGCGGGCGCACCGGUUUAUCCACAAGGGCCGCCAAAACCGCGCAAUCCUGAGAACGACAAACGUCUUGCCGAUGAGACUCCAGCACGAAUCCCACAGUAUCUCGAGCUAAGUGACCUCAGUAUUACUGGCCACUCCAUGAAUCAUCCCGACUUGGAAUACUGUAACCGCGUUUGGGUUGACCCAGAGAAAUACCGAAAGCACGUGUUGUGCGUCCAUAUGGGAAUUCGAAACUCGACGGAUGGCAACUGGUAUCCAUUCGAUCGAUUCAAGAAGGUCCCCAAUCCAGUCUGCCAUUUCGAUAAAUGUGAGGAAUUCGAGAAACCAACUAAGAAUCUCAACUUGGUCGCUGCCCAUGUUUCCGGCCAUCUUCCACCGCUCAUCAACAUGGAAGACACUCCCCUCGAAUGGGGUCGACCAUUUUUCUAUCCAAAGCGCUUCAUCCGCUGGGAUUAUUUCGCCACCCCACAGGACGAAAACAAGGAGCCUUACGGCAUCGCGUACAAGGCACUACUCGUCAUGCGAAACAUCCUGCAGAAUACCCCUCGAACCAAACCCAAAGGUCGCUUCGAAGGCACUGAAUCAUGGGGCGUUGCAUUGUACUAUUCCAGGCGCGCAAGAUUGCUCGAGGUGGCUGACCUUAACCCUACUCUUCGCAAGGAAAUCUUCGAUUUCGUUAACGACAUCGACAAUUCUCGUUGGGGUUUUAUCUUCGAGCUUUAAGGGUACCAAGACGGGGGCAAAAAAAAAAAAAAAAAAAAAAAAAAAAAAGAGAGAGAGAGAAAAUCAAAAAAUCAUGAAUCCUGAAAGGGGUCUUCCUGUGUUAUGUCCUAGCUACGGCUCAUAAGUUGUCUUGGAGGUGUUCUUGUAUGGCGCGAUGACUGCUAAUUUUCUCAGUUCGUUCCCGGCUUUGCUUCAAGGAUUAGAAAACAAGUGCAAAACACAGCGGGGAGUUUAUGGAUGGAUAACUCAGCCGGCUGUGUCGCUGAGAUUUUUCUUUGAAAUGCUGAUGGUGAAAGGUUGGUGGUUUUCUGAAAUGCCUUUCAUUGAAAUAGGGAUCCUGGUCUUGAUGCAAAAUACUCCUGUACGAUUAGUGAAAUUGAUUUGAAUGACACGA